AUGAAAACAAUGGACAAAGACAUAUCAAACUGGGUCAUGGAGUUUCUCCUUCGAAGCUCCGUACCUGAUUCACUCAUUCAAAAAACCCUAACCGUUCUUCCACUUUCUGGCGCAGAUUCUCGCCUUAAAAAAACCCUCCUCCUCCGUACCCUCCAAACUCACCUCCGCAACGCCUCCCUCUCGGAAACCUCUCUCCAAAUCAUCGAACACCUCGAGGAGCUUUACCGCGGAGAACCAGUUCCCAUCUCCGCGGCAAUGCGUAGCGCUUAUUGCGCUGUCGCUGUUGAGUGUACCGUGAAAUAUCUUAUUACCUCUCAUGAGGAUCCGUCCGGGGAAUACUUUUCCGCGGUUCGACGGAUCUGGCGUGGUCGUGUUGUUCAAUUGUCGGCUGAGGGACGUAGGAGUGAGCUUCUCUCCGAUGAGUUGUCGCGUUGGGGUGAAGACAUUGAAGCGGCGCUUUGGGAUGUUAAGGUUUCGGAGAGGCUUGCGGGUUUGAAUACAAGGAAAGAUGCGAUGCAUGAAGUUAAGAGGUUUUUGAAGGAUGCGUGGCAAGUUAUGGGACCUUCGUUUCUUGAUUCGAUGGCAAUGUCUUGUAAAGGGAAUGGUUUGCGUCCUGAAGGUGUUUGUGGAAUUGCUUCGGGUAAUGAAAAGUUGAGAAAGAGUGAUGGUAGGUUAGAAAGUUCGGGAAAGGAGAAAAUGUGCUCUGUUGGGGAUGAUAACAAUGAUAAUGUUGAUGGUGAUGGUGAUGAUGAUGACGUGGUAGCGAUGGGUGAAAACCAGGGUGAUGGUGAUGAUGAUGAUGUGGCAGCGAUGGGUGAAAACCAUGGUGAUGAGCGAUUAGAGGAGAGAGUUGGUACUACUGUUGAUGCAAAUCAGGAAGUGGGUGGGUGUGAUUCUUCAAAUGUAGAUAAAGUAGAAAUUCGGAAAGACAAUCUUCAGCUCAAACGCAAGCACUCUGCACUGCGAACAUGUCAUAGGGGAGUUAAAAUCUCUGGUGCAGAGGAAGUGAGUCCAUCAAAUUUAUCGAGUAAAUAUAAAAUCUUGCCUAGUGCUGAAGUGAAGAAAGUUCGGGAAUCCCUUAAAUCAAGUUCUAUGGAGUUAAAGGCAUUGGUCAAGGAUCCUCUUCCUGAUGCAUUGCGAUCAUCUGAAGAUGUAAGAUCCAAAUUAGCGACGAAACAUACAAAUCUUGGGCCACCCAGUGAAAAUCAGAGUGGACAUGUAGAUGCACGACAGUUGGACGGAUGUAAAACUGUUGUACUUUAUCAGUCUAAUGAUGCCAAUCUCGCAAAGAAGUCUUCUGUUCCUUGUAGUAAUGAUCGUCGCCCCAACUUUAUGGGGCGGGCAAGUUCUGCUCAUGCUUACGAGUGGAAUGAUUCAAUAGAUAACUCACCACAAGAAAGACUGCCAAGAAGGAAGAAAAGGAAAUGGACUUCAUUGGAAGAGGAGACACUAAGGGCUGGUGUAAAAAUGUUUGGAGAAGGAAACUGGAGGACAAUUCGAGACUUCUACAGCAACAUAUUUGAAUAUAGAAGUGGAGUAUGCAAUCUAUACCCCAAAAACUUUGUGUUGUUUCUUUUGGAACACAUGCUUUCAUUAACACUUCAAUUUUUAUUAUUUGAGGUUGAUCUAAAAGACAAGUGGAGAAAUAUGACGCGGUGA